UUCCAGUUUCCCGAGCCACCACCCCUCGAUUAUUACCUAACCGACGUUUCGCCAACGCUUAAAUCAGAUGGAAUAUUUUACCAUGGGAAACCAUCCAUGUCCCAUAAAUGCGUGGGCAAGCAGCUCAAGCCGAUCAAACGGACGAUACUCGACCCUCUAGCGCCUAUACAGGAACUGGAUCCACGCGUUUUACAAGAAUGGGUUGACAAGGAGCAAACGUACGUGGAUCGUCCUACGAAAGAUGAGGGUGUCGUUUACAAAACGCUUUGUUUCUUGCCGAAAUCGAAGCUGAUUUAUCACCGAAAGCAAAAACCUUUAUUCUCCGUGUUUCCCCGAUCGGUGCAAUAUGAAUUAUGGUACGUGCGUGAAAAGAAAAUGAAAGAGCUUGAGAAACAGAGGGCACCCAUCGCACCAUGCACUACUCAAAAAGAAGAAACGCUUAAGAACGAUGAAGAACCGUGCCAGCUAUUAGAAAUACCAUUCUGGUGGAAAGAUAAAACCGAAAAACCGAGCGGCAUCCCUCCCCCAAUUGGGAACAUAAACGACUACGGGUACGAGAAGUUUGAUAAAAGCCUCGUGCAAGACGUAAAAAUUAGCGAAAAACUCGAGAUGGAUCAUCCGAGCAAAUAUAUACCCGGUGCAAUUCAUCGAUUACAGGGCUCAGGCGACACAAGUAUGAUAGAUGCGUUGCAUCAAGCAGAUACCUUUAAAAUUGUUCUGAAAGAGGACGAAACCUUGGCAGAAAGCCCACCUGUUGAGGAAAACGUUUGCUAUUCUAAAAAACCACUCGUAUCGGAUUGCGAUGAAGUUAGUAUAGAAGAUAAUGACAAGGAUAUUCGAUGGUAUCCUGUACACGAAGAUUUAGAUUUACCAAAAACUGACGCUGAAAGGGAAGAGGAAUUACGAAAAUUAACCAAACCUUUUUUACACGAUUUGCAUAUAUGGUAUACAAAGAACAAACCAGCGAAAUUAUUCACCCCUAUUAGACAAAUUGGAAAGAAAGCAAUGCCUGAAAGACGUUUUUCUCAUUUGUAACAUUUUAUUAUUAAGAUUAA